GACAUCACUGAUUGGAUGUCCGCGCUGUUCGUCUUUGGAACCGGAAGUUACUCUGCCUGUAGCGCAUUUCGUUUGAAGAACGGCGGAAUGUUUUGUCCUAGCUACGGGAAAAAGCUGGUUGAGGAGUCACCAAACUUUUGCAGCGGCUGUGGCGAGAGGCUUUAUCACGCAUCUUGCAUCGGAGACACUUCACUCCCAUUGACAUCACAGACUACCUCAAACUGCCCGACUCCAACCUUCAGCACCUUCUUAGAAUACAGAAAAAAGAAAAAUGAAGAGAGGCAAAAGUUUUCUGAAGGGAGGAAGGGCUUAAAGAAAAAGGAAAAAAGAAAGGUUCAGAUAAAUGUCGGCUUGAUGACCAUUAAAAAGGGUGGUUUGAAGCCAUACCGUGGAAAAACUAUUUUCCUAACAACAGACCCUGACGCUACUGCCACAAGUCUGCUCAAUCAAGCUGUUAAAAAAAUGAAGGACUUUAACAAAGAUCUAAAAGAUGGACCUUUCCUUCUUCUGUAUCCGGAUGGCACUGAGGUCAUUACUGUCCCUGGAACACAAAGACCAUAUACACUUGAGGCUUAUAAGGCUGAAGUUGGCAAGCCUUAUCAAAGAAUCACUGUUUUCAUCUGCUUGAAGAGUGACUUUGAAGAUGGUAAGCUGCUAAUGUUUGUUUGGAUUUUGACACACAUUCCCUUAGUUUCAACAACUGCUAAUUUUGAAAUUGUGAAAUGAUAACAUUACGCAUAAAGCACCCAAGUCAAUAGCAUACCUACAUUAAAAUGGUGAAUGGCCUGUAUUUGAUAUAGCACCUUCUAGGGUUCUACAACCCCCCCCCAAGACACUUCACAACAAAACCAGUCAUUCACCCACACACAUUCACACACUGCUGGUGAUUAGCUACAAUGUGGACACAACUGUCCUGGGACUCACUGAUUGAAGCAAGGCUGCUGUACACAGAUGCCACCUAUCCCUCCCACUACCACCACCUGGCAUGGAGGGUGAAUUGUCUUGCCCAAGGACACAACGACUGUGACAGACUGAGCAGGGCUCAAACCUUCAACCUUUUGAUUACAGGGCGGGCUUUUAACUCCUCUGCCACCAUUGCUCCCUAAAUUAGCUUGUAUAUGUUAUGUUUCUUCCUGGAAACAUGCACCGCCUUUACUUUGCAAUUAGAUAACGAUUCACUGUUUGCUGAGCCCCCAGAAGAACCUGUGUUAGCAAUUUAAACAUUUGAAUCCAAUUAACCGCCAUCUUGUUCUGUACAAGACAUCAUGCAAUCAUGAGA